AGGUCACUUAAUUUGGCAGCAAUAUCUGCUUCUCCAACAAGGUCAUCAUGUUUGAUAUCUACCAAUUAUGGAAAAGCUCUUAACUGCCUAAUCUGUUAUCCACAUCUAAAGACAAUGGAAAGGAUUGAUUCGGACCACUAUAAAAGCGGCAACAACUAGAACCCAUUUGCAGGAGCAUCUGAUAUUUCCCUUUUGGAGUCAUUUCACUACACCAAGGGACAAAGAUGAAGUGGUUGCUCAUUGCACUUGCUUGCAUUCAGCUCUCUGAAUGUUUAGUCAGAGUGAAACUAUUUAAGGGUAAAUCUGUCCGCAAUAUCUUGGCGGAACGUGGUUUACUCGAGGAUUUCCUGAAGAAACACCCAUACAAUCCCCUUUCCAAAUUCCGUGGACCAUCCCAGCAGGACUCAUCAGGUUCAACAGAGCCAUUAGUGAACUACCUGGAUCUGUCAUACUACGGAACAAUCAGCAUCGGGACUCCACCUCAGAGUUUCAUUGUAAUCUUUGAUACUGGCUCUUCAAACCUUUGGGUCCCAUCGGGUUACUGCUCUAGUCCAGCAUGCCGUGAUCAUCGCAAGUUUAAUCCACAAGCGUCCUCAACAUUUCGCCUUUCAAACAAGUACCUUUCUAUCCAAUAUGGUACAGGCAGCAUGACUGGUGUACUGGGAUAUGACACUGUCAGAGUAUCCAACAUUGAUAUCACCCACCAAGAAUUUGGUUUAAGCAUCACUGAGCCUGGCAGCUUUCUUUAUUAUGCUGAAUUUGAUGGAAUUCUGGGAUUGGGAUAUGCAGAUUAUGCCGUUGCAGGUGCCACAACUGUUUUCGAAAACAUGAUGUCUGAGCAUCUGGUGGAGCAAUUUAUGUUUGCUUUUUAUCUGACCAGACAGGAUGGUGAGUCAGGAAGUGAAGUUGUAUUUGGUGGAUUUGAUCCAAACCAUUACACAGGUAACAUUAACUGGGUUCCUGUCACUGUGGAAGGAUACUGGCAAAUCCUUGUGGACAGUGUGAAGGUCAACGGCCAGGUAGUGGCUUGUGAAAGCGGUUGUCAGGCCAUUGUCGAUACUGGCACCUCUCUGAUUAUUGGCCCUGUCUCACCGAUCCAGAAAAUUCAGCACGAGAUUGGUGCAGAAGCACAACUUUAUUCUGUGCUUGGUGUGAACUGUCGUAACCUGCCCACCAUGCCCUAUGUGACUUUCACCAUCAAUGGAAUUGAGUACCACCUUUCUCCUGACCAAUAUGUGCUCCAGAACAAUUACAAUGGCUACAAAUAUUGUGAAAGCGGAUUUAGCACGAUGGCUCUUUCUGAUUCUGAAGACCUCUGGAUUCUUGGAGAUGUCUUCAUUGGAGUCUACUAUUCCAUUUUUGAUCGAGGAAAUAACCGAAUGGGCUUUGCCCGGGCUGUCUAAUUUGUUCAUUCAUGGCUUUGUUUAAAUUGCUUCCUCGACCUCUCCCCGAUUGACAUUUACAAAUCUUCCCGACAUUCCUCACAUUUCCCAAACGCAACAGGCAUCAUGGUGGUACCAAUGAUUUCAAACAAUGUUAAUAAUUUACACAGAUGAAGAAGGUAUUUGAUUUUAAACCAAGCAACAUGCAGGCUGCCUGUUUGGCUCUGAAUCUAUUUAGUACUGUACUUUGCAAAAUAUUAUUGGAAAAAAUUAAUGGACAAUAUUAAAAUAUAAAUAUUAAAGUAUCAAAAAUGCA